AUAUCGAUCCGUAUAUAUAACUAUUGAAGAGAAAAUGUCGUAUCUAAAAAUCAGUUGAGAGUAUUUAAUUCAAAUAAACCGUAGUCAAUUGUACACUAGAUUAAUAACAUCGUACGAAUAUUUGAUUGGAUGAGAAUUCGAAAGUCAAAAGCUUUGUCUAAAAACUUUCGCCGAUCGGCCAGUUUGUAUCGUAUCAUCCGAAGUAACGCAUCUUCUAUCGAGGUUAAAUUUAAAAUUCUCUAUUAUCGUACUAGAAAUCUGUUUAUCUUAUUUCUUUUCUUUUUAUAUUUUUUAUUGUUCACAUAUAUUCAGAAACGUCGUAAGUACGCGCGAAAGCCGCGUAAUAUCGACUAUUGAAACUACGUUUAUUUCUAAAAAUUCAAUUUUAACAGUGAAUAUUCGAGAUACAUUUCUAUUCUCUCGUCUAAGUCCUUUUCGUCCUUUAUUAGUAAAUAUUUUGCUUACAUGUCGGAACGGUUAUAGGAAAAACUGAAGAAGUUAAGGGAACGGUAUAAUCGCAAUUUGUAGCGAACUCUAUGAUUUAAAGUAUAUUAUAAGUAUAGAAUAAUUAUAUAGGACUAGUUUGUACAAGUGUGAUUAAGUUUUAAGUUAAAUUAAAUAAAAGAUGAGGCUAGAAGAUGCUCAUACUUUAAUCGGUUCUAACUGGUACCGACGAACUCGCAAACGUCCGCUGGUCGGACCUACAGGAUCUCCAUUCUUAGAUGCGACUUUGGUAGUACAAACCAGAGCUUGUCGAUGGUUUCGUAAAAAUAAAUCAGUAAAUCCAUUAAAACGAGUAACUUUUCGAGAUGAUGCAAUUAUAUCAAUGUCUGUGGCCGGAGAGGUAACUGAUACUUCCAUUAUGGAAAUUGGACGUUCAAGACCUCAAUUUCAAUAUUCUCGGGAAGAAUUGAUGGUGAUAAAGGGUUUACCUUUAUCUAAACGCAGACCUGGCUUUCUGGAUACCUCUUAUAAUAAUACACGUGGUGUAUGGGACCCUGAACGUUGGCAUUCAAAUAGAAAAUGUAGUGACACACCGCCUAAAGAUGAAAAAGGUAUACGUUCUGAAUCAAUUACUGAAAAUCAUAACAAGCGUCGCAAUGGUGAUCCUCGAGAACGAAUACGAAAAGAACAGGAUGGUAUUGUUUUAAGUCCCCAAAGACGAAGUUUUAAUUCUGGAUGUUUUGUUAAUGUGAACCAACCUCCAAAUAGACGCUCUGAAAGUCCAAUUGGUAAAACAGAGGUCAGUCAUCGGGAAACAGUUCGACGAAUUGGUAGUGGUAGAAUUUUGACACGUGACAUAUGGGACUUCAGAUCUGAAAAUGAAAAACUUGAACCAGAACGUACAGAUUUCUCGUUUAGAUCAGGUACAAGUGCAGGUAGUACAUUACGUGAUCGUGACAAUAGAGAAAGUAGGGAAACAAAAGAUCGUGAAAAUAUACGAGAUAGAGAACGCGAACGAGAUAAUCUACGUGACCGGGACGAAAGAAAUGAACGAUUCGAACGUCGAUCGUUUGGUCGUGACUUUGGAGAUCGUGAAAGAGAUCGCGAUCGAGAUAGAGGAGUGGAAAGAGCCGAGCGUAAUCAUCAAAAUGAUCGUGAUAAGGAACGCGGACGCGAAAGAAGAUUUAGUAAUGAUCGCAGAAAAAGCUGUGGUGAUAACCGUGAUGCAAAUGAGCCUGAAUGGUUUAGCUCAGGACCUACAUCUCAGCAUGAUACUAUUGAAUUAAGAGGUUUUGAAGAUAUUCCAGAAGAAAAAGUAGUUAGUAAUAGUGCCAAUGUUAAAACUAAAAAGUUAACAACUGCUCAAAAGAAACGUGGAAAAAGGAAUUCCUUAGAGAAAGAUGAAAAACAGAAUGAGAAUACAAUUGGACCUAAAGGACGUAGUACCCCAACAACGCUAGAUCAAUCAAUUAAUGUUGUACCUGCACCACAUUCUCCGAUAUCAGAACAAACUGAACCACCAUCUGAUUCUCAAAAAGAAUGUCAAGAUACUAGUGAUAGCAUUAUAACAGAAUCAAGUUCUGAGGUAGCUGAGAAUUGCAAUGUUCGUAAAAAUGAAGAAAAUAGUCAUCCUGAUUUCAAUCUAGACGAUUUCUUAAAAUCUGAUACUUUCCCUGGUGUUCCUGGUUUGUUAACUAACGGAGUUGGUUCAAAUGGUGGAUCAUGUUCUCGAUUUAGUCAGUGGUUUAAGAGAGAAAGUCCUAUUCAGCAACAAACAGAAAGUCGUAGAGCUUCUAUACAGGAUGAAUUGUUAAAUAAUUUACUCAAUGAUAUCACUGAACCGAAUAUUCAAAUCCCAUCAGUUACUGAGUCAAAUACAUACUUUGCUCCUAUAUCACCUGCUAAUCAAACAGCAAAUAAUACUACAUCUACCACUGGUGUAAAACUUCUUGAAAUGUUGCAACGUGGUAAUAAGCAACAGCAUAGUCAAAAUGGUCAAGCGGAUCUAACAACGCCAGUUAUACCAUUAAUGAAAAGUUCUUCUAUCAAAGAUAUGGAAGUAGGUGGAAAAGUUGUGCAUAGCUUGGAAGAAUUAGAGGCACGAAUGCGUGGCGGUGUUCCUCCACCUUCAUCUACGGCUGAACUGUCUCGUGUAAAUAAGACUGAAGAGGAUCUUUCUGCCUUUAAAAAAUUGCUUGCUCAAGUAACUGGUGGACAAGCUGUACCAGCAGCAAAUGGACCUAUGCCUCAAAAACCACAAUCUGUAACAUUGAUGCAGUUGCUUAAUUCACAAUUAAAAACACCACAACAACCAGUUGUUCCACAGCAAUCAGUUACAGAUCAAAUUCAUGCUUCAACAUUCAAUCAUGUUGGUCCUAUUGCUCCUACUCAACAUCCACACCAGGUUCAAAUGCAACAUGAAAACUUAAUGAAAGUAUUGCAUAUACAACAGCAACAGCAGAAACAUCGACAACAACAUUCUGAUAUGCUCUCCAUGAUAAUGAGUGGUCAACGAUUGAUGGGUGUCAGUCCUGUACCAACAGAAAUGCAAAUGAUGAUGAAUAAUGCUGCUUCAUCUGGACAAGAAUUAUUGCAAAGACCAGAAGCACAAGCUAUAAUUCAAGGUUUGCAACAAGGAGAAAUAACAAAACAGCAUUUGAUCCAACAAUUACAGAAUCCUGCCAUGCAGCAUCGACAUCGAGAAGUACUCGUUAAUAUUCUUAAAAUGUAUGGUGGAACUACAUCACGUGCGAUAAGUCCACAUCCAAAUGCACCUACUCCACAAGAUCAUAUUUUGCAUCAAAUGUUAUAUCAGCAACAGCAACAACAGCAGCAGCAGCAGCAGCAGCAACAACAACAACAACAACAGCAACAACAACAACAACAACAACAACAACGGAUUCCUUCUCCCAUGAAUAAUGCUUAUUGUCCACCCCCAAUAAUUUCAUCAAAUAUAGGAACCAGUCCCAACACAUUAACAGCAAAACAUUCAGUGAUACCACAUAGAGUACCUUCUCCACGGGAACUGGUUAUGCAUACUCAAUCCAUAAUGCAAAAUGCUUUAAUUAAGAAGAAAUUAGAAGAACAACGUGAGAACUUUCGUAAGCGACAGGAUCAACAACAACAGCAACAACAGAUUCAGCAAAGACCGUCCACUCCUGUUAAUUCUCCAGCAAAGCAAACAAUGAGUCCAACGCCACUUGCUUUUACGCCAACCUCAGUAUUACGCAAAAUGACCGCCGAUAAGGAGCCAGAGGGCAACAGCAAUGAUCUAGCAAAACUGGCUAACCAAAAUCAAGUACAACAAAUGCAGUCUGCAGUCCAGUUACUUACACAAGGAGUUCUUUCACGACAUAAUACAUUGCGACCACAAUCUAUUCAAUCUACAUGGUCUAAUCCAAAUAUUAAGCAAUAUCCUGGACGACCAAUAGUAAAAGGUGGCAGCGGUGGUAGCAGUGUCAAUCAGUAUCAGUAUAGUGGUGGCAAUUUAGAUUUUCAACAGCAGCAGCAUAGAACUGUGACGAAUGUAUAUGGCAAUCCUGCACGUUCCAAGCAUGCUAUGACUCCUACAGUAUCAUCACAUCCUAAUGUUCCUCAAUAUAAUGUUACUCAAAAUACUAUAAUAAACCAACGAUCAAACCAUAUGAAUCCCCAAAUGAAGCAGGUUCAACAAGUUCAAUCACAUAUGGCUAAUGUACAACAUCAACAACAACAACAACAACAAGCACAACAAACGCGAUCUGCAAACCCUCAAGUGCAACUUAUGUUGAAUCAAAACUACAACUCCAAUCGUUCAGAUGGACGAAUGAUGCGAUCACAGCAAUUAAAUAUCAACGUUGGCCGUCAAAAUUCUCCAGGUCUUGGAUUUAUGGGUAGUAAUGGUGGAGACUUAUCCCCAACAUCAAAUCAGUUAGCACGAUGGUUUACUCCUGAACUUCUUGCACAAGCUCGGGCUGGUAAGCUACCAGAGCUUGGUCAAACAAAUGUUUUGUCAUUGGAAGAAUUGGAAAGACUUCAACAUGCUUCAACGAAGGUGCAUAAUUGAUUUAACACAUUACAUUUCAUUGAAAUUUUUUUUCAAGUAGUAUAUUCCUGCUUUCAAAUCUUCCAAAUUGGAUUUGCUUUCAUAUUAAAGGCAUGAAUAUAAAACAUUAUUCAUAUUACAAAAACGCGCGAGUGAUUCAUAUGAAAUGGUGCUGGAAUUGUGAAAUUUCUUGUUACGCAAUCUCACACGAAAAGAAGAUUUAAAAACAAGCAGAUACACAAUUGAUUAUAUAUUUUAAUCUUCAAGCAGCAAAUAGAAUGCAGUAUUUCUUCUUCUUUUUAUAAACAUACAAAGUAUCUCAUAGGUUAAAUCCUUCAAAAUUUCAAAUUGUAUCUUAAGUAGGAAUUACAAAUGUACAGAAUAGAAAGUAUCGUGUAAGAUUUACAUAGCUAUCAUGUAAAAGCCAUUUAAGACACAUUUAUGUGAACAGCUUUCUGUAAGAAUGAUGUAUUGCUUAUAAGACUGAAACACUAAACACAAAAAUUCUUACUGAUAUAACAGUCAUAAAAAUCCAGAUCUUAUUUUAAAAUAAGCAACUAUUAAACGGCAGCAUAAUAAUGUUUAUUUGCCUAAAUGUGCAUGCAAGAGAUUUAUUAUAAUUAGGUUCCUACAAUCUAAUUAUAAUGCAAAUGCCAACGAUUUAUUACACAUUCAUAUAUAUGUAAAUUCUGAUUAUUUAUUAUUAUAAGUGAAUAUCCUAUGAUGUGGUACAAAAUAAUAAAUAGUAACACAUGAUGUAUGUUUAUUGUUACCACAAAAACUCGAUACUUGUAUUAGAGAUUUCACUAUGUUUCUCGCUAUAUAUAUAUUUUUCUAUUUUAUGCAAUGUCACGAUAUAUGAUAUACGUAUAAUAUAUAUAUGAUAUAUAAUAUGCUCGUAUAUAUAUAUAUAUAUAUAGAAAUGUGUCAUGACAAUGCAUAACAUGGAAAAUUUGCAACAUUUUUUAGGCAAAUAAGAUAUAUGCUGAUUCAUCAAAUGAGUUAUAAAUCACAGUGCUAUGCUCUAAUACAAAUACCUAUGUAAAUUUAGACACUGCACAUGUCCUAUUCCUAUAGUUACAGAUUUAUUAACUCGAAAAAGUAUAUGGAUGGAAGAGACAGGAUUUUGUGCUCCUUAAGUUACAUGCAUAUAUUAUAAAAAUAGAUAUAUAUAAUAUAUACUUUAUAGAGGUAUGUGUGUACAGUAUCAUUCUCACAGAUGGAAGUAUAAAACAAUAAUCUGAAAAAGAUUUCCAACAAAUUCGUGACAGAAUGUUUCAAAGUUUUUAUGUACUUACAAAAAAGCAUGUAGUGAAAACAUUUCACCAGGCAUAGAGAAACGGGUUUAACGAGAUAUCUUUGUACAUUAAAAAUAUGUAUAUCAUCGCUGCUGCUGCAAAUUAUAAGUUUGAUUUAUAAUUAUUUUAUCAUUAUCUGGUUACACAUUUUUUAAUAAUUAAAUUUCAAUCGAUAUAAAAAAAAGAUGGCCACAUUUAGAGACUUGAUUCCUUUCUCACUUUCUUCAUAUGUUGUAUUUUUUUUCUUAGUUUAUAUUUGUUUAAAAUAUCACAUUAUAUAAGCUGUAUUCAUUGGCUGUAUUUUCAAUGAAAUAUUGGAAGAUUAUAUUUCUAUUUAUACCUAUUAUAUCAUUUAUACCGAUUAUAUAUCACAAGAUGUAUUAAAAAUAUUAAGCGCGUCUUAUCAAUAUUAUUAGGAAAACUGUAUUAUAAACAGCAUUAGCUACUGAGGAAAGUGAAACAGUCUAAUAAAAUUCUUUAUUUACGAAAAAAUAUAAAGCAUCAUUUAAAGAUUAACAUUAUUAGAAUUAAAUAAAAAAAUGCCUUUAUAUAUAUAUAAUUAUACUUUUAUAUUUAUGAAAUAUUAUGUUUCCAAUUACUUUAACAAAUUAUAUAGACAGAGAAAUCUCGUUUCUUCUACUUUUUUUCUAAUCAAUGGAAGUUUCUCUAUACUAUGAAAGCCAAAGGUGUGAUGUCUAUAUAUAUAUAUAUACAUAUAUAUAUUUAUAUUUAUAUAUAUUAAUAGACUGAUCUCUCUAUAUUCUCUUUGAACCUUUAAACUUUAAAAUGCGUCCAUAAUAAUCAGAAGUAAAAGAAAUUGCAGGAAUUUAUUAUUACUAUUAAAAUUUACUUAAGUAUAUGAUUUAUAAUGAAAUCAACGUAUGUAGAAGUGUAUGUGUUUGUACAACAGUUGUGUAUUCCAUCUUUGCCUUGAACGAGGCUAAUAUUAUAUAUCCUAACUAUUUACUGAACGAGAAUAAUUAGGAGAGAGACCUGUGCUUUUUGGAAAAAUUUUCGCAUUUAUAUUUAACCUCUAAUAAAAGAGUUUGUUUUUUUAUGGUGAAAUAAUGGAUGUGUUAUACCGGAUAUAUACGUACACACAUUAAUUACGUAUGUACGUAAUAAUAAAAAUAGCUAUAUGUAGUGCAAUAAAAAGUUUAUUACAAAAUUGUAAGAAAAACUUAAGAUUUUUGAAACUUAAUGACAAACACUGCGUAUCUCUCCAUUUAAUUAAUCGAAAUUCAGUCGAAGGGUUCCAUCGUGUUAAAAAGAUUUAUAAAGUCGUAUCGUUGAAUCAGAAAUUCUUUGUACAUAAUUCAUGUUUCGAAACGUAAAAACGCGGAAGGUUUAUUAUUCUCUAGAAUCAUGCAUCAGAGAUUGAUGAUUGUAAAUAAAGUUAUUAGAAACUCUACAUUAUAUUGCAUCCGUAAAAAUGUCAAAAAAAAAUAAAUGCAAGGAGUUGUAAUUAUAA